AUGGAAGCUGACAGUCAUUAUGAAGAGACCAACGACUCUGUGAUAAGUCAACAUAAAAAUUCAGCUGAUUGCUUACAAGUCGACAACAACGCAGCAGUAAGAUUAAAUCAUGAUGAAUCUCAAGGUGCCAGCAUUGAAACUGCAAGAAAAUCCGAGAAUAAUAGUAAUGGCAUCUUUCAUCAGUCGGUCAUUACGGAGCAUGUUAGCUCAUUUCCAGCAAUUCACUCCCAACAAUCAAUCACCAAUGAAAAUUACACGAUAUGUAGUAAUAAAAUUACAACGCAUCAAUCAAAUUUAACUUGUGGUUUGUCGCAAGCAACUGACCCUACGACAAGUAUUGAAUCUAAGAGUUUCCAGUCAACAAUAACUAAAACAGUAAAUCACAUACCAACGACCGAACUUCUUAAUAUCAAUGAAGAUGCACAUUCGGGUCCUAUGAAUGUAUUUGAAUUCGAUGGACUUCAAAUUCUCGUUCCUAGUACAUUUAUAAGUGAAUCAUCACAGAAAGCAAUUAGCGCAACGAGUCAACAAUCAAUGGCAAGCAGUGAAGGUGGUACGGGUAUCGAUGAAGAAGUAAAGAGUGUCAACAUGCGGGCAGAUGAGACAAUGCCACCAAGGGGAGAGCUGUCUGAACAGGAAAGCAACGGCUGCACAGAACAUUCGGCUUGGCAGUUGUAUGUUGGUCAAGAGUCUUCCCGUAUGUCGACAUCGUACGAUCUGAUGGCACGUGAAAGCUGGGAAGAGUCAGAAGGAUCUGAUAAUGAAGCCGGGGUUCCACUGUUAGACAGUCGUUCGCUCGCUACCCACUUUACUUCUAGCUUAUUUCUUGAUCGAGACAGAAAAACACCGACAAAACAACGUACAUUCAAGUGCUCACAGUGUACAGAGGUUUUUGACUGCCCGAAAGAACGUCGUGUUCACAGUACAACAGUACACAAAGAAGCUGGUCCAAGUAACAGUUGCAGUAACAGUGGUAUUAACGAACAGUCUGAAACAAAAGACAUAAAACUUCUCGAUGGCCCCAUGAAUCCUUUUGAGGAUAUAUUUGUUCCUGGUCUACAUGUUCAACAGGGCUAUCAACAGCAACAGCCGUUGCUACAUCAAAUGCAACCACCACAACAAUUAACAGACAUAAGCAAAGUUGAAGCAGAUGAAAAAUCUGAAAGUCUAGCUUUGACACAAGGCAUAGAAAUUUCCUGUGCUAUGUGUACUCAACGUUUUAGUUCUGAACGAAGUUUACAGAUGCACAAUAGAAGGGUUCAUGGUACCGAGGUUGCACGACGUCUUCAUGAUAUUUCAAAGUGUCAAAUAUGUAACGAAGAAUUCCCCUCAGUCGCUUUAUUUAACGCUCAUUUAAAAAUUCAUCCGCUGGAGUGUUCACAGUGUGGUAAAUAUUUCUAUCGUAAACAAAAUUUCAAAUUACAUAUGAAACGUCAUCUUGGUAUAAAACCAUUUCCAUGUACUAUUUGCGAUAAAGCAUUUUUAACAAAACAAAAAUUAGAUGAACAUACGAAUGGGCAUACAGGUAAUGCACCAGUUAAAUGCAACCUCUGUAAUGAAACAUUCCGUAGAUACUCAAAUUUAACUCAACAUAAAAAUCGUCAUCAUUUAAAUAUAAAACGUAAGUUGAAAGAUUAUAUAUGUCACUGUGGUGAAGUAUUUCAUACUAAAAAGAAGCUUGCUUGGCACAAGGAAACACACGAUGAUAAACCUAAAGCGUGUACCUAUUGUAAUGAAAGAUUUAUACACAUGGCUAGUUUAACACGUCACAUGAGACGUGCUCAUAAUCGUCGUUUUGUACCAGAUGCUCAACGGGAAAAUGAAAAUGUCGAGUGUCCAAUAUGUAAGUGCAUAUAUCUACGUUCAUCACUGUCAGUUCAUAUGCGUGUACACAAUGGCGAACGUCCCUACGAGUGUCAGGUGUGUUCAAAAGCAUUCAGUACCAAGUGGAAUUUACAAUUACAUAAAUGGACUCAUGCAGCACGUAGCACCAAACCCUUUAAGUGCAAUCAGUGUAGCGCUGCGUUUUACCGUCACAGUGACUACACGGCACAUAUGAAUUCUCACAGAAAUGUCAGGCCAUAUACGUGUAAUUAUUGUGGCGCUCAAUUUAUAAGAAAAUACAAUUGUUUAAGACAUGUUAAAGAACAUGAAGAAAAUAAAGCAUACACGUGCGAUGUAUGCAAUAAAACUUUCCACCGAUCAUACUAUCUUAAAGAGCAUUUACGUGUUCACAGUGGUGCACGACCAUACACGUGUCACAUAUGCGGCAAAUCAAGCAGUACCAAGUCUAAUCACAAUAAGCAUGUAAGAAUUCAUCAUGCUCGUGAGCCUGUAAAUACCGAAAAUUGAAUUGCCAACAUUUUUAAUCUUUUUUUUUUUCCUUUUUUUAAUUUUAUUUCGAGUAUAAUCGUGGAUAGUGAUAAUGAUAAAUACUAAUCUGUCUAGAGUGUACUGAAUUUAAUGUAGACAAUGCACACCCAGUGGGUUUAUAUUUAAUUGAGUACGAGUGAUUGUGAUUGUGGAUUUUUUUAUCCAAUUUUAUCUUAAUAGUUAUUAUAAAUAUAUGUUUUUUCUUAAAGAAUUAUCUGUGUUUGUUUUAAGAAAUCGUAUUAUUUUUAUUUGUUAUUACGAUAUGUUAUUUUAAUUAGUUGAAAUUUGUUGAUUUUUUUCGUACUUUUUUUUUUCUUUCAGUAACUAAUAUUUAUCGUGAUCAUCUGUAAUUUAUUAUUUUGACGUUAAUUGUGUAAAAAAACGUCGUUAAUUUCAUAAUAUGUAUAUGACCUUUAAAUAUUGUGAUUCACAAAUUCAGUCACUCAUGACCCUAACCAUUUACUUAAGAUAUUAAAUAAUAUUUAUACCUAAUAAUAUUAAUUGAUAAAAAAUUAAGUGAAUGUUAAAAGUGAGAGUAAGAAAAAGAAUGUAUGUAAAAUUGGAGCAAAGUGAAAAUUGGUUUGUUUUCCUUUUUGGAGUAAUUGAAUUGAGAGUACAGGGAUAGCAUAAAGUAAUAAAUUAAAAACGAAAAGUAAAAUAAUAAAUUUGCCAAGUAAUAAUAA